AAAGGGAAAAGCUAAUUUAAUACUCUUCCAGAGUCAAUCAGUGCUGAUUAAUUUUUCUUUAAUUAUUCAACUUUUAGAUGUGUGAAUACUAAAAACAAAAACUUAGUUCUGCAUGCCUUUUUGUUGUUGUUGUUUUUUAGAUGGUCUUGCUCUCACCCAGGCUGGAGUGCAGUGUGGCAACAAUCACAGCUCACUGCACUCUCAACCUCCUGGGCUCAAUGGAUCCUCCCACUUCAGCCUCCCAAGUAGCUGGGACUACAACUGUGCCCCACUACACCCAGCUAACUUUUAAAUUUUUUCGUUGAGAUGAGGUCUCGUCCUGUUGCCCAGGCUGGUCUUGAACUCCUGGGUUCAAGCAAUCUUGGCCUCCCAAAGUGCUGGGGUUACAGGUGUUAGCCCCUUGCACCUAGCCUGAAUGUCUGUGUUUUCUGCUUACACUAGAAGAGGUGUGUGAGAUUUGCAAAUUUAUUGCCAGCAUAACAGUGAUGCCAGUUCGUGAAGACCAUUGUGGAGGAAUUGAGAUGCUGCCUGGUUUUCCUAGCAUUUUUCUUAUUUUCUUUCUUUCUCUAUGUGACUCUACCAGUCUGACCUCUGAUUUAUCCUCUGAAACCUUCAGUGAAGUCAGGAACAUAGUUUGAGGAAUAGCAGAACCUAAAAGAUUUCUUGACGUGCAAAAUCUAUAAUAGAGUUGAGAUUUUAAUAAGACUGUAAUUAGUAUAUUGUGGGAUUUCUUCACAUAUCUGUAAAACACAUGAAUUUACAGAAAAGAAUUAUCUCAUAAUUUGGGGAAUCCACUAAUUGAGUUUACUGAAAAAAUUAUGCAUUAGACCCUUGAACAACGUAAGUUUGAAGUGCAUAUGCAAUUUGGUUUUUUUUUUUUUUUGAGACAGUGUUUCACUGUCACCAGGCUGGAGUGCAGUAGUGUCAUCUCAGCUCACUGCAACCUCCGCCUCCUGGGUUUGAGCAAUUCUCCUGCCUCAGCCUCCCGAGUAGCUGGGAUUACAGGUGCACACCACCAUGCCCGGCUAAUUUUUGUAUUUUUGGUACAGACAGGGUUUCACCAUGUUGGCCAGGAUGGUCUCGAUCUCUUGACCUCAUGAUCCACCCACCUCGGCCUCCCAAAAUGCUGGGAUUACAGGAGUGAGCCACUGUGCCCGGCCACAAUUUUUUUUUUUCAAUAAAUAUAUUGGAAGUUUGGAGCUUUGUGACAACUUGAAAAAUUCACAGGUCAGGCACAGUGGCUCAUGCCUGUAAUCCAGCACUUUGGGAGGCAGAGGCGGGUGGAUCACCUGAGGUUGGGAGUUCGAGACCAGCCUGACCAACAUGGAGAAACCCUGUCUCUACUAAAAUCAGAAAAUUAACCAGGAAUGGUGGCACAUGCCUGUAAUCCCAGCUGCUUGGGAGGCUGAGGCAGGAGAAUUGCUUGAACCCGGGAGGCGGAGGUUGCAGUGAGCUGAGAUGGUGCCAUUGCACUCCAUCCUGGGCAACAAAAGCAAAACUCUGUCUCAAAAAAAAAAAGAAAAAUUCACAGAUGAACUGUGUGGCCUACAGAUAUCUUGAAUGCAAAAAAUAUAUGUAGAUACUAGUCUAUCAUUUACUACCACGGAAUACACAAAUCUAUUAAAAGUUAAAUUUUAUGAAAACAUACAGACUGUACAUGUAAGCAAAUUUAAAAUGCAGUAUUAAAUCAUAACUCUGUAGCCGCCACUGUCCGGCCACAGCCCCACGCUCUUCGCUGUCACUCGUCAUCUCGCACAGGGUGGCUCCAGUUCUGGUGUUUGGCGCCAGAAUUAACCACCAUGUCGAGCAAAAAGGCAAAGACGAAGACCACCAAGAAAUGCCCUCAGUGCACAGUAUGCAAUGUGUUUGCCAUGUUUGACCAGUCACAGAUUCAGGAGUUCAAAGAGGCCUUCAACAUGAUUGAUCAGAACAGAGAUGGUUUCAUCAACAAGGAAGAUUUGCAUGAUAUGCUUGCUUCUCUAGGGAAGAAUCCCACUGAUGGAUACCUUGAUGCCAUGAUGAAUGAGGCACCAGGGCCCAUUAAUUUCACCAUGUUUGGUGAGAAGUUAAAUGGCACAGAUCCUGAAGAUGUCAUCAGAAAUGCUUUUGCUUGCUUUGAUGAAGAAGCAACAGGCACCAUUCAGGAAGAUUACCUGAGAGAGCUGAUGACAACCAUGGGGGAUCAGUUUACAGAUGAGGAAGUGGAUGAGCUGCACAGAGAAGCGCCUAUUGACAAAAAGGUGAAUUUCAAUUACUUCGAGUUCACAAGCAUCCUGAAACAUGGAGUAAAAGACAAAGAUGACUGAAAAGAACUUUAGCUAAAACCUUCCAAUUACAUUGUCUUACUCUGUUUUAUUUCUCACACACUUCCCCCACCCUCAUGGAACCUGUUGCACGCAACUUAGUUUCACAGCUUUGCCUUUUUUUUAAUGUAUUUAUUCCAGAACUUUCUGCCACUUAGCACUUGUAUAAUCAGACUGGAAAUGGGGAUGAGGACAUAAAUUGUAUUGAAAAAGAGAUCGCCAAUAAAAAUUAACAAAUGUGAAA